UGGAGCAGCAGUGUGAUGAGCACCGCCGUCGGGCCAAGGAGCUCAAGCACAAAUCUCAGCACCUCAGCAACGUGCUCAUGACGCUGACGCCCGUCUCCCUGCCGCCCCCCACGAAGCGGCCCCGGCUGGCAAGGGCCACGUCCGGGCCGGCUGCCAUAGCCUCGCAGGUGCUCACCCAGUCUGCCCAGAUCGCCCUCAGCCCUGGCGUGCCCGUCUCCCAGCUGACCGGCGUGCCGCUCGGCAAAGUGGUGUCCACCCUGCCCUCCCCCGUGCUGGGCAAGGGCCCCCCCCAGGCUGCUCCUGCCAGCUCGCCUGCCUCGCCGCUGCUGGGGGGCUACACGGUGCUGGCCUCGUCGGGCGCCGCCUUCCCUGGCACGGUGGAGAUCCACCCGGACGCGUCCAGCCUCACGGUCCUGAGCACGGCCGCCAUGCAGGACGGCAGCACUGUGGUCAAGGUGCUGAGCCCCCUGCAGCUGCUCACCUUGCCGGGCCUGGGCCCCACCCUGCAGAACGUGGCCCAGGUGUCACCUGGGGGCAGCACCAUCGUGACAGUGCCCACGGGGGCCGUCGAGAGCGCCAUGGCCGCCUCGGGGCCCGAGGAGCACACGGCCACCAUUGAGGUGGCUGCCCUGGCGGAGGGCCGUGAGCACAAGUAGACGCUGGUGGAGGGCGAGGCCCCUCGUGGGCACAGGGCUGGCCGCCUCUCCUCAAGCCGCGGCUGGGCGGGGGCACGUAGCCCCGGCGCCCCGCGGGUCACGUUGGGCUGAACCAAAGAGAGGAAACACCAAAACAGACGAGGAGCAGAAGGGAUCUCAGACGACAGACCUGUGUAGCCAGCCUCGCACUCGCACGCCCUCCCCCUUCUUUCUUAGGAAGUACAUUUUUCCAUCUGUUGCUUAUUGAUACUGUUUACACGUUGGGCCUGAUCAGGAGCCAGGCAGAGAGGACGAGGAGGCAGAGCCGGGGAGCGGGGCCCGGACCCCGUGGGUGCGAGGGGCCCCUGGGGGGCCUGAGCCGGCUGGGGGAGGGGGUGUCACUAACACAUGUCUUGGGAACCGUCCCCAAGUGUGGAAACCCAUGGAUCCUAUGGAUUUGGUUUCUUCCCACAGUUUUCUGUAGGUUUAGUGUGGCCCGGCACCCUGUUCUCCCAUCUCUGGAACAGGCCUCGGUGCUGCCGCUGGUCCCCACACGGCUCUGGGCUGGGGCUCCCGGGCACCCGCCUGCGCAGAGGGCCAGGGGGCCCCAGUAGCAUGAGCUUGCCGUCUGCUCACCUCCUUGUACCCGGCAGGGGCCGUUGCACACGCACCGUGGGUGUCUUUAAGUGAAUUGUUUAGUAGGCUUCUAGGAAGAGUCAGAUUUAUAGCAUUUUCAACCUAAGCAACGCUGAGUGCCUAGGCUCCCCGAAUUUGCUCUGGGUUCCAGAGUGCUUUGUACAAGCAGUUGUCAGGACGGCCCGCGGGGGACUGUGUGUGCUGGUGGUUCCUUCUGCUCUGGCCGUGAGCUCUUGGCACCGGCAGGCCACCCAGGGGAGUGUGACGGUGGGUGUGCCCCUGGGGCCUUGGUUCCGGGGUUAGGGGGUGAACAGAACAAGCCAGGAACUGAGGAGGAUCUGCAUGGGCCGAGGGCUCAUUGUCAACCCCUGUGCUCAGCCUGUUGGCGGGGCCAUCGUAACAGCCUUAGCACUUAGCCCCCCGAACUCCCUAUGCCCCCUACCUGGAGGUGGAGGUGUAUUUGGGGUGACGGCCCAGUAGUCUGGGCCAGGGCCAGUCAGGGUGGGGCCCUCCGUGGGCCACGUGCAGCUCUGAUUUCGGACGCAGGAGGGAGAACAGGCAGGGGUCCCCUGAAGGCCUGGAGCCGUCUCCGGCAGGGCCCCAAGGCCCGUCCGAGCCCUUGAGUGGCAGGCCCCCUCAGACCUGCCAGUUCUGUUGCUUGCUGAACACCCUUCUCUGGGAGAAGGGGGGGGGCUUCAGAGACAAGACGCUGCCCCACUUUGUGCUUCGAAGGGAACCGAGUUCUGUGUGUCCGUCCUUCCAUCCGUCAGGUGCCCCAGACCUACCGGAGCGGGCCUCGCCCCCCGAGUCAAGCCACCGACCGAGGUGGUCUCUUUCUGUUUUCUUUCUGUUGCGUACAUGUUUGCUGUUCUCGUGGGUCAGCUGGUUUCAGCAUGAUGUUUCCUUGCUGGUGUACGUGCUCAUCUUCAUGGUGUCCUGAUGCCUGAGGCAGUGUGAUCCCCGGGGGUGGGCGCCGCCCCGCCUGGCCCUUCCUGUCCGUCUGCACCAGCUCAGACCAUAGGUGAAACCACGUGGCUGAUAAAACCGUGUCUUGUCCUUGGAGGCUUUGUCACAGUCAGCCGCUGCCCUGCCCUCAGACCGCAGGGGUGCUGGGGGGAAGUGCAUGUCAGAGCCAUAGAAACAGAAGCCACAGCCCCGAAAUAACUGCAGCACGCCCCCCCUUCCGCCCGGGCUGGGGGGCAGACACCUGUGCCUGGCAGGGCCCCAAGCGGGGAGGGUUCCUGGGGCUCUGUCAGUGCGCCCGCGCCUUCCAGUCCCCCAGGGCGGGUCUGCGGUGGCUUCUGGGGAGCAGGACUGGAUUGGGUUUUUCUCGCGGUGCCGAGCGCCGGCUCAGAGGCAGCCUGGGGAAGGGAAGCAUCCGGGUUCUACUUUGUAUGUUGUUUUGCAAGUAUCUGCUUGGUACUUUGAUUUACAGUAAAAACAUUUUUCAUAAUGUG